UUUGUGUCCACGGAUUUCCUCCACCAUGAGUGAGAGGUCUCAAUAUAUUUGGGAGGAGGUCACCCGUGGACAUGUGAACCUUUUUGUCUCUUUUCGAAAAAAUUAGAAAUUGUUGUAAUCUUUUUGACCAUUGGCAAACUUCAUGCUUAAUUGAGGCCCUAAGAACCUCAAGAUCUAGAGUUCCAAGAUUUAAUUGAGAAGGUCAAUAAUUUUUUCUAAAUUUUAUGUUACAUAUGUUGGCAUCAUUGUAUGUUAAAAGUGAAUACUGUAUAACUGACUUUACUGUGAUGUUAUUGUAAUAGUAUAGUAUGUAAGGAAAAUAUGCUUACUUGUUGCGAAGGGAGACUAACAAGUUACAGAAUCCAUUAUUUAGGCAUAUUGGUACAUUGUACUUAACAGUUUCCAUAUAGUACAUUUAACAAAUAGACUAUAGUACAUAUAAUGAUAGUAUGUUAUAUAGGAAGAGAUGCUUACCUGUUAUUGUACACAUAUAGGAAAUUAAGUGUCGGGAUGUCAUGAAUACACUGAAAUGUUAGACGAUUGCAUGAAUUAUUCAAAGUCUUUGUCUUCCAAUAUUUUAGUGUUUUGAAUGUUUGUUAAUUUAAGUUAUUUUGUCUUGUGUAAUAGGUUUAUAAAAUGGUAUUUAAACGGAAGAGGGGGGCUGCAGACAAAAAGGAUGCAGCAGAGAUAAAGAAGAAGGAUCCGAAGGAAGCUUGGCCGAAGUACUACCAAGCCAAUUUCUAUGCUUAUGCUGAUGCACACAAAGAGAAACCUAAAGCAGAUGUGCUUCGUAGUUUUAAGGAGCAAUUCAAGCUUCUUAGCGAUGAAGAGAUUGAGAAUUGGGCUGCAUACGAAGUCGAGGCUUCCCCCUCCAAGGUUGGUGGUAGAGGGAAAGGGAAGAAGGUGAAGGAGACAUUAUCUGCUGAGCCAGGGAUUGACAACAACGAAGGUGUGGGGGACGUUCAAGUUUCUGGUCGUUGCUCAUUCGAGCGUUUGGGGAGAAUAGUCCCACUGCUCAACGAGGGUCAAAAAGAAAUGGUGAGAAAUGCCGGUUUCUCAACAUUUUUAAGGGAGGAUGCCCCGUACAUAGAUGCUAAGAUAGUUAGUUGGCUGAUCGAUCACGUGGAUCCAACCACUUCUCGGCUGGAGAUAUUUGGAAGAACAAUCCAACUAUCCGCCAAGCUGUUUGAGGAUGUCAUGGGAAUCCGGGAUGGCGGAGAACCCGUGGCAACCGAAAGUGAGCGUGACCUGGUUGAGUUUGACGUCCUCUUCAAGGCCAAGGACUAUAGGUAUUCCCUGACUUUGCUGGAGAAUGAGCUCAGGGAAACCAGCGACAGUGACUACCUGUUUCUCAUUAAGUUUCUCCUUGUCUGUAUUGGAACUGUGUUGCUGCCGAAGAAUGGUACCGAGGUCAGCACUAGCUACAUGCAUUCUUUAGUUGACAUAAGGUCAAUUAAGAAGAAGAAUUGGGCGACUGCCGGAUAUCGAUAUCUAAUGAGCUCUCUACACCGGUACAAGACGAAGAACACCAAAAAUGUCUCCGGUUGCACGAUAUUUUUACAGCUUGUAUAUUUGACGCACGUAGACUGGACUGCUACUCACGUGGACCGAACUGUGGCUCCAAUUGACUUUUGGACCACAAAACACUGCAAGUCAGUGUACAAGUGGAUUCGAGACCAGGGUGGUCACACAAGUGGAAAGGUGAAGUUGACUAACACGUAUGUGUUACUGCCAAGUUUUGAAUCCGUCGAGUUGGAUGAGGUCUUCCGGCUUGAUUUGAAGGUGAGCAGCGCAAAAGAGUACAUUGCGAAGGUACUCUCCACUUACCUUGGGAAGGGGACUAUGAAAGAAGUGUUGGAGAUACCUGAGACGAGCAAAGUUCAGCGCUCGCUUUCGUUCAACGGGGAGACCGAGAAGAAGGAUGACGUCGGUGUCGAGGAAAAGGAUGGUGAAGGGACGAAGGAUGACGUGGUUGUCGAGGAAAAGGAUGGUGAAGGGACGAAGGAUCAAUUGGAAGAGGAUGUUGAUGAUGUAGAGAGUGUCCCUUCACUUAAUCUAUCAGAAGAGAAGGUCGUUGUUCCAACUAAGGUGGUUGUUUCUGAUGAUUCGUUUGAGGUUAUGAACUUUUGGGGAGAAGAUCUCCCCGCUAUUGUAAAAGAGAAAGUUGAGCGAACAGUGAAGGAUGAUUUUGAUGAUGCUGCGUUCGAAAGAUUCAAAGAAUCUGGAGGGAAGGUGAUUGGUCCGUUCACUGUGAAGAAGGGUUACUCAAAUCAACAGUACGAGUUGUUCCGUUACAUUUUCUCUAGCGCCAAUGAUCCGAGUGAAGUGUUAGCCCAUUUUGGGAAGGUUGAGGUCGAGCGGAUGUAUUUCAAAUGCAUGAAACCGGAGACCGAUAUAUCACACAGUCUCAUUGAUUGCUUUGCUCAAAUCAUGAAUUUUCGAGAGAAGAAGCGCAACGGCAUUGGAAGUAAGAGAACUUGGUUUAUGCCCACCAGAAUUUCGAGCAAGUUACUUGGAAGAUCGAUGACUGUGGAGAGGAUGGCGAAGCAGCAAGAGUGGUCCACUCUUUAUUACGAUGCAGAUUUGAGUUUAUGUCACACUAUGGUGGUACCCCUACUGGAUACCGAGAGUGCUCCGCACUGGUUUGCGGCGAAUGUGAGCAUGGUUAAUACAACAGUGGAAAUUAGGGACUCGUUGUCUUCUGCAAUGCAUAAGAGGUCACGUCGGAGCACCUGCGUAGAGAUGCUCCAGACUUUGGACCAAUUGUUUGCCCCUGUCAAGCCAGGAGACCUGAAUUUCAGCGAGUUUGUAAUUAUUUCUUCAAGCAAGGACUACCCACAACAACAAAAUGGCCACGAUUGUGGAAUGUUUGUAAUGAAGUACAUGGAAUCACUGUUCGAGGAAAAUGAAAUAUUGGAAGAGUUUGAUCCUAUUGAAGCGAGACUGGAUUGUGUUGGGAAAAUUGUCACCCACGAGAGUAACAAGGCUAAACAUGCUGUGAUGGAGGGAGUUAAGAAGCAAUUUGGAUUGAGCAAAACCAAAGUUCUUCCAUCAACAUCUACAACUAUAGCAUUACGUAGUCCAUCAAGGUCUCCUCGAGACCCCCGAUUCAGCACAGCGAAGGCCAGGUCCGAAAACAUGUGGACUGGCAAGAGCAAGUCCCCGAAAACACGUCAUUCUAAAAGGCUGGCCAUAAGUAACAAGUAGUAUAUUACAAUGGUUAGAAAAGUUACUUUAUUUAUAUAUUUACUAUGUUCAGUACAAUGGUUACAAAAGUUAGGUUUUAGGUCGUAAAUUAUAUUUAGUCAGUCAUGUUAUAUACUUGCAUCAUACUACUGUUAGGUGAUUUGGAAUUGCACUAAUGUUGGUGAUUUUAUAAUUUACUAUAGGGUAAGACUUGUGGUAGUUUUUAGAAUUUGGUGGAACUGAUUAUUAUUAUUGUAUGGUCAUUAUUACUAUUAUUGUGAAUAUUAUUUCGGUUGUUAUA